CAGGGACUAGUCUUCCACAUGGCUUCGUCCAACCUGGUUGAGGCCGGAGUUUGUUUGUGAGGUUUGAUCACUAAACCCGAGUGAGCUAGAGAAACGAACAUCACAUGCGCUGGACGCAACUAAAAAUAAAAGAAGUAAGAUGGGUAAAAGUAGAACCACUAAGUUUAAACGUCCGCAGUUUAACGCUGUCGGUCUGCCGAUGAACGCUGUGAAGGAAGCCGACCUAGAGGAGGAGGAACUCGGGGAGGAGAGCUGUCCUGCUGCCGAGCUGCUGGAGAAACUGCAGAGUCCGAGUGCAGAUGUGCGAGAGUUUGGGUGUGCCAGCAUCUCUCGGGUGGUGCAGCAGAGCCAGACCAUCCCUGGCUUCCUCCAGAGGGACGCUGUGAGGCGCCUGGGCCCCAUGCUGCUGGACAGCAGCCUGGCUGUCAGGGAGACGGCCACAGGAGCACUCAGGAAUCUGAGUGCAUGCGGAGGUCAGGAGGUGUGCGAGGACAUGGUGAAGCACGACGUCAUGACUCCUCUGACAGCACUGCUGAGAGAGUGCUGUGCUGGUUUUGAGAGCACCGUCGUUCUGGUGAAGGAGCAGAAGAAUCCAGUGGAGGAUGUAGCCAAUGAGGCUGUUCACCUACUCUGGAAUCUCUGUGAGAGCAGCAGCCAGGCGUUGUCACAGUUCAACAAAGCAGGUCUGCUGGAUGUGGUCGUCCAAUGUCUGGAGAGACACCCACACAACGUGGAACUGGCCAUAUCUGCAGCUCACUGUUUGCACACUGUGACUGAAGACAACUCCGAGCUUCUGUGUAGCAUGAGCACCGCGGCGCUCGGCGCCCUGGAGAACGUGCUGCUGUCGUCUCAGCCGAGCAUGGCACACACUCUGCUCAGGACGUUGGCUGCAGGGACACUGUGGAACAUGAAGGGCAGCCUGCCCGCUGCCCGUCAGGCACAGGCUCUCAGUGCUGUGGUGGCCACCCUGUCAAAGUGCCUGGAUCUGGAUUCAGGGACACUCGUACUUGAACUCAGACAAGCAGAAGAGGAUCGUCACAGAAAUGCACCGGCUGCGCCAGACGCAGGAGACCAGGCUACAGGGGAGCCCGCUGUGACCGAGAUGGAUGAGGAGGAGGAGGCACCCCAACAGAAGAGGAAUGGGAAGGCUGUGAACAUCGAUAACGACUUCUCCGACCUGCUGCCUAGGGGCAAAGAGGAGCUGAGGGAGGCAACGGCCUUGCUGACGGCCCAGCAGACGUCCUUAGAGAUCAUCGUCAACAUGUGCUGCUCUGACGACCCAUCUGACGACGAGUGGGAGGAGGAGUCGAGCAGCGAUGAAAGCGACAUGUGUCCGGACAGUCUCUGUGAUGGAGUGUCCAAUCUGAUGUCCCCCCUCUGUUUGUCAGCUGAGGUUCACGGAGCCUUAAUCAACCACAGCAUCCCUGAAAAGGUCCUCAAGAAGACAGAGUUCCCAAGACCGCAAGCCACAGAUGUGUGCCAUCAGGAUCCCUCCUGGAGAGGCCUGAUUAAAAAGAUGCAGCGCGUACAGUCCCGGGCUCUGACGUGCUUCCACAGCAUCCUCUCCUCCAUGGAUGCUGAGUCUCUGGGAGGAGCAGCAGCCCUGCAGGGAGCAGCACAGCACCUCUCGACCCUGGUUUUUGGUGCAGCAGAGAUACCCAAAGAUGAGGAGUUCCUCGAGGCCGUCAUCAGUGCCAUGCGGUCUCUUCUUCAGAUGAUCGCCUUCAAAAAUAUCCCCCAGUGUAUGACCCCCCAGCAGCUCAUGAGCCUGAGCGAAGCGGCCACCCGCUGUGACGUUGUCAGUGUGAGGGUCAAUGCCGUCGCCAUUCUGGGCAUCACUGGCAGCACGUUGGCCAAAGAGAAAGGCACUGCUGAAACCCUUCAGAUGAUUGGAAACGCCUUACUUCAAGUUGCCACCAGGGAUGCCGACCUGGUUGUGAACGGAGAAGCCCUUGACGCCCUGCUUGAUGUGUUUGCGGACGGAGACGAGGCCGAGAAGGCUGCUCAAAACAUCCAGUUGCUACCUGCACUGAAGGCAUUUCACCCUGUCUUUAAGGCCAAGAUUCGUAAAGAGGGAAAAGGGAAGUACAACCCUCAGCAGCUGUGCGUGCUCGACAACAUCAAGGUGAACCUGAGGAGAUUCAUCGGUUAUCUGGAGAAGCUGGGGAAAAAAUGAGGACUUUUCAGUACUUGUGAUCAGUGGAACACAUUUGGUUUGGACAGAUGUUGUAUGCUAGCAGGAGUAUAGCAUGGAGCAGGACAUGUUUUUGAAACCAUCAAGUAUUUAUUAUGUUGGUAGUAAACCAUUUGUUAAAGCUUGGUUUCAAUGUUUAUAUUCUAUAAAUAAUGAUUUACUAUUUUACUUAGCGGUGUGAAAGUUUAUUUGUUGUGAAGAAAGAAGAGAGGAAUCUAAUAAUUAUUAUUUACUGUGCGUUGCAGUAAAGAUUUGUUUACCCUACAUUAAACUUUGAAUGAGAAUGUUUUCAUACUCCCCAGAUCAGCUGUGGAAAAAUCCAAUGUUUUUCAGUCCUUCAGGUCCUGAUGAGGGUGUGUGAGGUUUUAAAAACAGACACCUUAUAAGAGUCAGUUUAGUUUCAGCUACUAUAUAGGAAGGAGAUUUUUCCUUUUCGAAUCAUUCUUGUGUUAAAGUAUGGGCUUGGUCAAAAGAAACAAAACGAUGAUGUCAUUUCACUAAACUGAAGGGUGUUGGCACGCUCACUGCAGAAGUUAUAAUAAGACUAUAGUCUAUUAUGACUGACAUUGUAGUCUGUAGAAAUGAGCACAUGUUCUGUACCUCUGCCUCGCUGUGCGUCCUCUUGUGUUUCACUACUCUGAUGCAUGGAGUGGUAACUUUUCUAUGUUUUGCAGGUCACCAGAGCAACCAGCUCUACUGAGAGUAUUCAUCUCAGUAAGGUUAUAGAAUAAUUGCCAAAAUACAAUAAAAAAUUAAUAAUAAUAUGCAUUACUGAAACCAAUAAUGAUCAACCAGCAUCUGGUAUUGCUGAUAUAACAGUUAUGUGCUACAACACAGCAGGUUUGAAAUAAAGUAAAUCCAGGGUAAUUUUUUUAUUUUGGCUCGUGAUUAGAGGGUUUUUGAAUCAACCCCUUAACUUUGCUGAUUUGUGUUCAUAAACACACUUUCAAUGAUACGUUUAAGGUAGAAUAUGUCAUCAGGCUAUGAAGUAAUGGUUCUUUUUCUUUUAAAUAAAUCCUGUUUCUGUAAGAGGUUUCUUUUGUAUUCUAUGACCAAGUUCGAGUAUGUCUUGGGAUUUCUAUGUCUCCAAGCAAAUGCUGAACCAAUCAAUUAAAAGUUAGCUGAACUAUA